UCUAUCUCCGCGCAGCUAGUGCGGCACCGAAUCUGCUCCAUACUACCGGGUGCUGAUACCAUAUCUAUAUUUGAUCCCCUCUCACCUCAUCUUGGUGGAAACUCUCCAUACGACAACUCGACUUGAAUUGUACACCGCUCGCCAUAUCACUUUGUAUCUUUCAAUAUGGUACAACGCCAGAAUCCCUUGCAACCGGGGGAUUACUACCAGAGGGAGGGUACUUGGCCUCGGAAUGAGAGAUUUGAUGUUCAGGACAACCGUUUCGUGCCGGCCCCUGCAGCUACGCCUGUGCAUUCGAGAACUCAGACAAUAGAAGAUGCCUUGAAGGAAUGUGUUGGAAUACCAUUCAAGGAGUUCGGCUUAAUCGUGCGACUGGACACUGGCGAAGACAGAGUCUACUCGUCCCCAGCUUUGGCUGGCUUUCGAGAUAAAAUCUUUACAGAAAAGUUCAAGCAGGAUUUUCGUCGAAGUAUCCGCAAAGCUUCAGCUCCAAGCAACCCAUAUCCAAGUUCCGGUUUCAGCCAGGAUGUUAUGUUCAACGACUUCGAUGCCGAUGCGAGUAGCAGUACUGGGUAUAAUAGGAAACAUUCAAGCAGUGGGGGUUCGUCUUCAGAGUACGGUUGCCACGUCCGUCGAAAAGUCGAAGAUUCUGACGACGAAUGUUUCAGUGCCAAGAAAAGAAGAUUUCCCAACUACCGACACCGGGAAGAAUCAAACGAUGAUACACCUGUCCCUGCUCGGAUCAAAAAGACUCAACAGUUGAGGAUUGGCGACGCCGGCGAGGUUGAAAAGUUCUACCACACAAGAUUUAAGGACAUGCAACAGUCAUCUUGCAAAGUCAUGGGCAAAGCAUUCGUGAAGCUGAUUGAGCCCAAGAAACAGACUCAUCACCCAUAUACCAAAGGUGAUGGCAAGGCACCUCCUUGGUGGCCAAAGACUACCGGUGAUCACUUGGUUCGUCACAAAGAACCUGAUCAUCUCUUGAAGCCUGAACGAAUCCGGCUUCUCAUCCAUAUCUUGAGAAUGGUCGUGGAACCUGCAAAUCAGCAGCACCCUUCUAUUGAGAAGUUUGGUCUCAAUGUCAGAAAGCUGGAAGAAGUCACCAUGGAGGCAAUGAACAACUGGUUUAACGAUAAGGAGCAUCCCGACAAUGCGCAGAAGAAGCCGUUCCUGAAGGAGAUCUUCAAAAUUGCGCGAGCUGAAGAGAAAUACAAGAAUGGCGAGAUUGAUGGCUCCACCUAUUUUUCUGUAAUGUACGGCGAACAAUCUGGGACGGAGGAUUCGGACAACGAGAGCGACAUGAAGCCCGAGGGUAACGAAGACGAAAUUGUAACUUCUAUUGCAGCCAGCAUGCCUUCUCCUGAUGUUGUGUCUCCAACUACCGGGCACAACCCUCAUAUGCUAGACGACACCAUGAGAAUGCGACUUCCAAUGCGCCAAAGUGUCCAUAAUCCGAUGGAAGAGCAGCAGCCUCAGUACAAUGAUUUUGGGAACUAUCGCAACAUGGGCUUUCAUCCUCAGAGUCCAGGCAUUCAGGAUCGUAGAUCAUUCGUUCCGACGGCAAGCUACUCGAGCCCACAGCCGCAACUGUACAACAAUUGGUCAAUGGUGAGCAACAGUGGUGGACAAUCAUUCUACACGACUUCUCCUCAGCAGAAUCUGCCGCCAUCCAGUGGUCCAUACCUCCCCCUACCAAACGCGCAGCCGCAGAUGCUUCCUCCACCACAAUUGCCGAGCUAUGACGGCCUUCCUUCUGGCAGAUACGACACAAGUCCAGGACUUGGGAGCUCACUGCGAACAGGAAGCAUAGGUCAUCCUCAUCCACACCCGCAGCAUAUGCCUGGAUUUGAGAACUUCAUGCAAGAACAUGGUUUCCAACAGCACGACAAUGACCUGAAAGACGAACACAACCUUCAUCACCACCAGUAACUCGACUCUGACUUCUGCUUUUCUUCACUUCUACGGGAACUUUCAGCACAAGGGGAAUAUUUUUAGCGUUAUACCCAAUCGUUUUCCAGCGCGGCGCAAC